CAGUCACUAUUCAGCGAGCAAAUCGGCAAGGCAUCUGAGAGCUACUUUAAGCGUUUUCUCUGCUGCAGCGCAUCCAUAUCCUCAUAAAUCAUACUUCAUUUAGUCAACUUAGCAAAUAAAACUUCUUAUCAAGGAAAAAAUGGUGGUUUCUGAGCCUGAGGCAAAGACGAAUCUUCCGUGGGUAGAAAAAUAUAGGCCUAAAURUCUAGAUGACUUGAUAUCGCACAAAGAAAUCAUUACUACAAUCCAGAGAUUCAUAUCAGAGGAUCGUCUUCCUCAUCUUUUGCUGUAUGGACCUCCUGGAACUGGAAAGACAUCAACUAUACUUGCUGUUGCCAARCAACUAUACCCUGAUAAGUCAUUUGGUUCUAUGGUAUUAGAGUUAAAUGCAUCUGAUGAUAGAGGAAUAGGAAUUGUUAGAGGAGCCAUUCUCAAUUUUGCCAGCACAAGAACAAUAUUUAAAUCUGGUUUUAAACUGGUCAUUCUUGAUGAAGCAGAUGCAAUGACAGAUGACGCUCAGAAUGCUCUUAGACGAGUUAUGGAGAAGUUCACAGAAAACACACGGUUUUGUUUGAUAUGCAACUAUUUGACAAAAAUCAUCCCAGCUCUGCAGUCUAGAUGUACAAGGUUUAGAUUUGGACCACUAACAGCAGAUCAGAUGAUGUCUAGAGUAGAACAUGUCAUUGAUUCUGAGCAAGUAACAGUGACAGAUGAUGGCAGGCAAAGUCUUUUACGGUUAGCAAAAGGUGAUAUGAGAAGAGCUUUGAAUAUAUUACAGAGCACAUCUUUGGCAUUUGAUGAAGUGAAUGAAACCAAUGUCUAUCUCUGYACUGGACAACCAUUGAGAUCAGACAUAUCAAGGAUUGUAGAGUUGAUGUUAAAUGAAGACUUCAGUACGGCAUAUAAUGAAAUAAUGAGACUUAAGACAUUAAAAGGACUUGCAUUACAAGACAUUCUCACUGACGUCCAUGUGUAUGUACACAGAGUUUUUAUUAUCAGUGUCGUCAUGUUGUUAGAAACACUGUUUUUGCGUGUUCAUAGGUACAGACUUGCAUCAGGAACAUCAGAAAAGAUUCAGCUUGGUUCACUGAUUUCAGCCUUCCAAGUGACACGUGACAUGGUCAGUGCAAGCAGCUGAAUAUUGCUUUACAGCAAAGACACAUUAAUAUUUGGUAGAAAAAAUACAUAUAGGUGUAUAAUAAAGCCCUGGCAUGGCUGGCAAACUUAAUGGAAAAAAAACUUUGUUGUUUUGUUUAAUAUAAUAUAACUGUGGCAUUUUUACUGCACAUCCCCAAAUAUUAGCUCAUUUUUUCGUUGAAUAUCUUUGCAAAUAAUUCCUUGUUUCCUCAAAUAUACACCCAUGCAUUGUAGAUUGGUAGAGAGACUUCAGCAAUCAUAGCUAAGAUAUGCAACAAUACUCUCAUUAGAAACUUGUCUUUCUUUGACGUUACCAAGAGCUUCUGCCAUAUUUACAGCCAAAAGGUGUUUACACUGAAAACACAACAACACCAAACAAUGUUCAAAUCGUACAUUGAAUAUAUAUAUCGAAAUUUAAAAAACAGAGUACUUUACAACUGCUAUCCUUCACAAGUCUGUAAGGUUUUUGUAGAAAUAAAAMUGAUCAUUGUUUUCUCGUU